CUUCCGUGAGUAAUGCCUAUAACGUUCCUAUAUGAAUAAAUAAUUAUAAAUAACAAAUGGACGGAAAUAACGAAAACUUUGUUGAGGAAAUAUUGCAGGAAAAUCAAAACACGGAUUCGGAAACAGCAGAUUAUAAAAAUAUACCUGACUUAUCCAGUAAUGUAAACCAGGAAAUAGAAAAGAACUGUUUAGGCGAAAGUUCCGACAAACAUAGUGCAGCUGCAGUUUGGACUACCAGUGCCACUUUGACGCUCUUGAAACUAUAUGAAGCAAAUAUUGAAAUGGUAGAAACACCCAAAAAGAAGACUAGAUUAUGGGUUGCUAUAUCUGAUAACUUAAAAAGUUACAACAUAGAGAUGACUCCAGAUCAGGUUCGAUGGAAAAUAAAUGCACUUACAAAAAAAUAUAAACAAGCUGUAGAUAGUGGGCACAAAAGGUUCAAGUAUUUCAAAGAAAUGAAUAAUAUUUUGGGCCAAUGUGAAGAUGAAGAAGAUUCCAUGAAUUUGGAAAUAGUCCAACGUAAAAAGAAAAUUCGAAAAAACCAUCUGAACAUGUCCCUGAGUGAACCAAGUUAUAUGAAAGGUGGUUAUGAAAGCAAAGCUACAAUUGAACUGCGGAAGAUAAGAUUGGCUAAUCGUAUAGAAGCUGACCGAACACAAAGUAAAAUAAAUUUAGAAAGACAGUGGUUAGAAUACUCAACCGACAAGAAGAACAAAGACAAUGGAGGGAUCAAAUGUUUGAGAGGAAUUUAAAAUUGAGAGAAAGAGAGUUAGAGUUAAGGAGAAAAGAACUGGAAAUGAAAGAAGCUUUUGAAAUAAAAAAACUGCUACUUAAAGAAAAGGAGCAAGAUGAACUUCUGAAAAUCGAAAGAGACAAAUGCAACAUACUGAGUAAAAUGGUGGAAAAACGAAGGUUGCAAAAUAUACAACAGUAACAUCGACUAUUGAUAAUGAAAGUAUUGUAAAAAAUAAGUACUUAUUAAAAAUAUUAAGCAUUCAGUUUGUAUCAUGUUUUCAUUCAUUUAAAGCCUGACCAGAAAUAUAUCUAUGU